AAUAAACACGGCGGUGCGUAUGGACGAGCAGCCAGCCUUUCCCUGAAUAACUGUCACAAAUAAAACCACACAGUAUUCUCGCCUCACGCUAUUCUGGCCUGAUGAAGGAGCUUCGCCCUGACUGAUCUGGGGAGAUGGGAAUACUAAGCAUAACAGACCAGACACCCCUGGUCCAGGCAAUAUUCAGCCGAAAUGCAGAAGAGGUGAAGUUUUUAUUGCACAAGAAAGAUGACGUUAAUGCACUGGACCAAGAACGCCGUACCCCUUUGCAUGCUGCUGCUUGUUUGGGUGAUGUCCGCAUCAUGGACCUCCUCAUCAAAUCAGGUGCUAGUGUUAAUGCUAAGGACCAAGGGUGGCUGACCCCGCUGCAUCGGGCAGCUGCCUCGAGGAAUGAAAAGGCAGUAGGGUUGCUGCUAAGACAAGGCGCUGAGGUCAGUGCGCGGGACAGGCUCUGGCAGACGCCGCUGCAUGUGGCUGCUGCUAAUCGAGCCAUAAGAUGUGCCGAGGCUCUCCUGCCUCUGCUGAGCAGUCUCAAUGUUGCAGACCGGAAUGGUAGAACAGCCUUGCACCAUGCAGCCUACAGUGGACACACAGAGAUGGUGACCUUGCUCCUGAACAAAGGGGCCCACCUGAGUGCCAGUGACAAAAAGGACCGGCAGGCUAUCCACUGGGCCGCUUACCUUGGGCAUUUGGAGAUCGUGAAGCUCCUGGUGUCUCGGAAUGCCGAUGUGGCAUGUAGGGAUAAGCGGGGUUACACCCCACUGCAUGUAGCUGCUAUUAAUGGGCACAUUGAUGUGGUCAAGUACCUUCUUCGACUGGGAGCUGAGAUUGAUGAACCAAAUGCCUUUGGGAACACUUCUCUCCACAUGGCCUGUUACAACGGGCAGGAGGCUGUAGCCAAUGAGCUGGUGAACCGCGGGGCCAACGUUAACCAGCCCAACCUACGAGGCUGCACCCCCCUGCAUCUGGCUGCGGUCUCCACCAAUGGGGCCCUUUGUCUUGAGCUGCUAGUCAACAAUGGUGCCGACGUCAACAUGCAGAGUAAAGAGGGGAAGAGCCCUUUGCACAUGGCCGCCAUUCAUGGGCGCUUCACCCGUUCCCAGAUCCUUAUUCAAAAUGGUGGGGAGAUAGACUGUGUUGAUAAAUAUGGCAAUACUCCUCUUCAUAUUGCUGCUAAGCAUGGCCACGAGCUGCUCAUCAGCACUCUGAUGACUAACGGUGCUGAUACAGCCAGGCAAGGGAUUCAUGGGAUGUUUCCAUUGCACUUGGCGGUGCUCUACGGGUUUUCAGACUGUUGUCGAAAGUUACUCUCCUCAGGUCAGCUGUACAGCAUUGUAUCGUCUUUGAGUAAUGAACAUGUGCUCUCUGCUGGGUUUGAUAUAAACACCCCAGAUAGCCUGGGGAGGACCUGCCUACACGCCGCCGCUUCUGGAGGAAAUGUGGAAUGUCUUAACUUGCUGUUGAGCAGUGGUGCUGACUUGACAAAAAAGGAUAAAUUGGGAAGGGCUCCUCUGCACUAUGCAGCUGCGAAUGGUACAUACCAGUGCACCGUAGCCCUAAUAAGUGCUGGAGCUGAGGUCAAUGAACUUGAUCUGAAAGGGUGCAGCCCUCUGCACUAUGCAGCUGCUUCUCAGACCUUCCGCAGAGUUGACAGCUACAACUUUGGAAACCACCAGAGUGAAGAGCGAGAUAAAGAGGCUUUGUUGUGUUUGGAGUAUCUGCUUGAUAACGGGGCUGAGCCAGGUCUACGCAACAACAAAGGAUUCAGUCCUGUGCACUAUGCAGCUGCCUAUGGCAACAAGCAGAACCUGGAACUGCUCUUAGAAAUGUCUUUCAACUGUUUGGGAGAUGUGGAAAGCAGUUUUCCUGUAAGCCCUUUGCACUUAGCUGCGUAUAAUGGUCACUGUGAAGCCCUGCGGGUGCUGUCGGAGACGCUGGUGAGUCUGGAUGUGCGGGACAGUGGUGGCCGAACAGCGCUUUACCUGGCUGCCCUAAGAGGCCAUGCGUCCUGUGUGGAGGUGCUUCUAGCUCAUGGAGCCUCCUGCGUUCUGAAGGAGCGCAGACGCAAGUGGACCCCACUUCAUGUAGCAGCUGCCAGUGGCCAAACAGACUGCUUGUAUAUGUUGAUGAGCCGAGCUGAGAAAGCUGACCUUAUCGACCUCGCAGAUGUACAGGGACAGACUCCACUAAUGUUGGCCACUCAGGGCAGUCACGUGGAUUGUGUCCACAUGCUUCUUGAGAGAGGGAGUAAGCCUGAUACAGGGGACAAAUGGAGCUGCACUGCACUUCACAGAGCGGCGGUGACGAGCAGUGAGGACUGCGUGUCAGCUCUGCUGGAACAUGGAGCUUCUGCGCUCUGCAGGGAUGUGCGUGGCAGGAGUCCUCUGCACUUGGCCGCCUCCCGUGGCCACGCAGAGCUACUGCGACUCCUGCUACAGGCAGCCGUCCAGUCAGACCCUCUGGACUCUCUACUGGAUUACAGUAGCUACACACCUGCUCACUGGGCAGCCUACCAUGGGCACAAGGACUGUUUGGAAGUUUUACUUGAACAUAAACUGUUAAGUAUCCAGGAAGGAAAUCCCUUCACUCCACUGCACUGUGCACUAAUGACUGGCCAUGAUGCUGCUGCUGAGCUGCUGGUGGAAACGAUGGGCACCGAGAUUAUAAACCUCAGAGAUGUCAAAGGAAGGACUCCAUUGCAUGCAGCUGCUCAUGCAGAGAAGGUUUCUGGGUUGCAGUUGGCUUUGGUCUGGGGCUCUGAGGUAAACUCUGUUGAUUAUUCAGGACGAUCAGCACUGAUGGUGGCUGCUGAGAAUGGGCAGACCUCUGCUGUUGAGAUCUUGCUGCAUCAGGCCAAAGCAGACCUGUCACUGCUGGACAUCAACAACAAUACAGCACUACACUUGGCGUGUAGCAGAAGUCAUGAGAUGUGUGCCCUGCUGAUUCUGGCUGAGAUUGAUGACCCUUCCCUCAUCAAUGCAACAAAUAAUGCUCUGCAAAUGCCUCUUCAUAUUGCGGCGCGAAAUGGCCUGGCCACUGUGGUGGAGGUGCUCUUGAGUCGAGGAGCCACAGUUCUGGCUGUAGAUGAGGAAGGUCACACCCCGGCUUUGGCGUGUGCGCCGAAUAAAGAUGUGGCCGACUGCCUGGCCCUCAUCCUCUCCACCAUGAAGCCUUUUCCUCCCAAAGACCCCACUUCUGUUACCAGUUACAGCCUCAAUCUGUUAAAGCACUGUGGCAUAAUUGCCACUCAUCACCCCCUGCCCAACGGCAGCCUACGGCACAGCUAUUCCAAGGAGCGCCACGGCACUGUAGGGCUGGACAGCUGCCUCACUGAGUGAGAAAUACACCCUCUUAACAUGCACGCACCCUCAGCAGACCACCCCUCACCUCCAUGUGCUUAUUCCCCUUUUCUUUAAUGUCCCACUAUAACACCUGUAUAACCCACCCACACUGUUAUAAGGGCAGGAAUGUACUACUACAUGCGUGUGAAUGUGUGCACACGCAUGCGUAAGUGUUAUGUCGAGUUCUUCUUAAUUGUGCAGUCAAACUUGUUGUAUAUGCAAUUAUUAACCCCUCUCCGUCUCAGCCCCUAAAAGUCACCACAUUCUCUUAGACAUCCGUUUUGGUGAUCACGAGCAACUGUAGCUGGUCUUACAUAGGUUUGACUGUACACAGAGCUAUUUAUUUCCAGGCAAGACCCUUCUCAGCAAAAGCAAAUCCCAGAUUUCUUCUGCUGAGAAAAUAAGGGGUUGUCUGCACAUUACUAUAAAUAGAACACCUUAAUGACUCUUGUUGGUUUAGUUUUUUUUUUUUAGACAAAUUUUCUUGAUAAUUCCAAAUGUCUUAGUGUUGUGCCUGUGCUAUUCAGACCAUUUUAGUACUCCCCCUUUUCCUAUUCUACAUCCUUCUAUUGACCCCUUUCUCUCCCUUCUUUUCUUUAAGAGAACAGUUCUGCUCAACAAAAACAAUCUUUUGUAUGAAAUGAGAGGAAGAUGUCAAAGCACACAUACUACGUUGCUAUUAUGAAUUGAUUUCAGACGAUCUUAUUCAUUUGUUACGACUGAAACUGUUUGCUGAAUGCCAAGGUUUGCACAUGUUUUAUUUCCUCUAUCGGAAAACAGUUUUGAAGUGAGGUUUCAUGAUAGCUGCUAAUGAUAAAGCUGCCUUCUCUUCAUUCUGAUGUGCGGGUCUUUUUAAUUCCUGUGUUUUUUUUGUUUUUGUUUUUUUUGUUCGUUUUGUUUUGUUUUUCUUUUUUUUAUUAUGAGAGCAAUAACCGUUGUCACAGCAUACCUCAUGUUUGCUUUGAAUUUCUAAACGUCGUUUGUUCAGAAAAUAAUGUAACAUUUGCACAUGGAAGCGAUUAAGCCUUCUUAAACAGGCACUUGUUUUAAUCAAAAAUGGCAAAUGACUAUAGUCUGUGUACUGAUGUUUUUCAAGAAACACCCUCGUUUUCAAUGAUAAUGUCUCUUGAACACUCAAAUACAUGGAUAUUCUGCGUGUAGUUUUGGUGCAGCUCUGAAAAUAACCGUAAAAGCUGCUUGUCUGUGGAUCGCAAGUUAUAGCAAGUGAAAAUAUUGAAGGAGGAAUGAACAACUUUACAAGUAAAGCUUUUUUUCCUUCUCGAAAAUAGAAAGCAGGAAGGAAAUCAAGUGUUCUUGGGCUAAUUGUACCUGUGAAGAAAGGUCUGAAGCCUAGUUGUCAGUGGCGUAGGUGAGCCAGCGACCGGAAGGUUGUGAGUUUAAAUCCCAGUGCUGCUCCCACACUGACAUCAAAUCAACAUAUUUCUUUGAAUGAUCAACAAGGUAUAAUCAUACAUGUAAUCUUUCACAAAACAUCAGCUUUGUUCACAUUUACUUAGUUGUAUGCCAGUUGAUAUGGAUUGGAUGGAUAGUGGAUUCAGCCUAGCCUGUUAAAAAAGGACAUAGUUUUAUUAUAUUACAAAUCCCUUUUUUUCUCCUUUACAUUAUGACUUCAAGGUGAUGCAUCUCAACAUCAAAUUUAUGUACAGUACUGUGCAAAAGUCUUAGUUUGUCUGAAAAAAUGCUACUUAAAGCUGUCUAUCUGGGUGUUUAUCAUUAGAAAAAUUUCAGUGAAGCCCAGCAUUUGUAGUCAGUAUCCAAUAACAAGUAUAUCUAAUCAAUAACUUCACUAAAUUAAAUGAGCUGCUGCUGAUGUAAAUGAACAAGUCCAUGCAAUGGCUGACAUGCAGAAGAACCAACCCUGUGCUCGUCUAACUGUAUUCUGCUAAUCUACAUAUUUAUAACAUCUUUAAAAACCACUUCUCGUUUUGGUUGUUCUGCUGCUUAAUGUUUACUUGUAUUUAUUCUAACAUUACUGGCAGAAGCAGACUUAACUGCUCAGAUAAAUAAUUUCAGAUGUUCACAACUUUUGCAUAAUACUGUAAAUACCGGGUAAUAUAUUGCUGUUAUCAGAAGAAAACCUUCUAUCUCCAAAGUCCAAUACUUUAAAAGCAAAAUAAUUUUUCUCUUGUAAUUUAAGUCCAUUUUUUUUUGGUCCAUUCAUCAUGAAAUUUACACACAAUGUAAAGGGUAACAGACAUUCUUAAAUAAUAUCAAAAACUGGAAAAUGACAAAAAUGGAGAUUUUCUUCCUGCAGCUGCAAUAUUUUACUGUACACUUCAGGCUGUUGCAUCAUGAGGGGAAUCCCACUGUUUGGACCUGCAUUACACAGAAAAACAAGUCGGAAAAUAAACUGAUUUAACGUUAUGUGAAAUUAUUUUGUGGUUACACUUUUGUAAUUUAACCUUGCUAAUGUGUUAUUUAAUUUUACUUCUGCAGUACUUGUUUAAGGAAAACUUGAAAUAACAUCUUUUAUUCGUGUCUCAAAUCUUUGCGUAGCACACUUUAAUUCAAUAACGUGGCACGGCAGAUCCAGGAACCCUCCUCUAGGUCUGUUUAGAGAAAUGUAAUUUCAGAUAAGGCUAGUGUAAAGGGGAGGGCAAAGUGGUAAUGCCUUUAAUUUUCUUCUUUUUUCCUUUUUUUCUUUUUUUUUAAUUGACAAUCAGUAUUUUAAGGGCUUUUAAUUACACAGAAGCUUUAAAUAUGCAUAUAUUAAUGAACAUUCUUUUUCCUAAAGAUAAUUAGUCCUCUCAUGUGGUUUAGUGUGUGUGCUUUGGCUUUCCUCUCAUGUACAAUGUUCCCACAAAAUACUCACACUCAUUUUACAAAAGGGCUUCUUAAGGACCCCACUGACUUUUUCUUUACUUUUUCUUUUACUUUUUUCAAAAAAGUGGCUUCUCUUUAGUAUCUUGUAGGAACAUUUUUAUUUUGUUUUCUACUUUGUGUGUGUCAGGUCAUUAUACCUCAUGAUCAAAUAUACACAAAAAUGGUCUUUCGUACUGAUUUGUCAUCAGUACUAAUUGAUUGGUUUCUCAUCUGUUUUUAUAUGUAUCAAUUUUGAUUUGCUGAGGGCUCUCCAAGUACAAAAAAAAAGCAGGACCAGCCAAUUUUGGAGAGGUGCUCGAUAGGAAAAACAAAAAAAAAUGCAUAUAUUGCACCCUUUGUGGCCAGUACUGGUCGUCUGCUACAUCUUGAUGAAAAUGAGUCAAUAUCCUUUACUCUGUGUAGGUGUCGGCGACACCACUGUCACUGCUGUUCCUCAUAUUUGCGCUAAAAGAUGAUUGUAUUAAUCUACCUUAAAUGACAUUUUUUCAUAAGCCUUUUUAUAUGAUGUCAGAGUAGGGGUCAAACUCAUGUUGAAGAAGCCAUUCAGUGACAUUAUGAUUUAAGCAGUUUGAAAAGGAGAUAUUUAUUGGAACUGUUCAUUUCCUUUUUAAAUGAAAGUUUUUUUCCUUUAGCAUUGAACUAGGCUUAAAGGGCAAGUCCACCAAUUUUUCUAAAUUGUGGCAUAACUCACUCCUUGUGAUGUAAACAAAGUGAUUCAGCGUGGUUUGAUGGAGACUGACUCUGAUGUCUUUACAGUGGUGGUAACAGGAGCCAGAGAUGUGAAUACAAAUAUAGCUGUUUGUUUACAAUCUGAAACCUCCAGUGAACCUACACACCUACAUUUAAUUGAACCUACAUUUCUCAUGUUGAUGAUAAAAUAGUGAAAAAAAAAAUUAAUUUCAUGCAUUUGCAUGCACUUAAGCCAUUACACACUGAAUGUGGCUCAUGUAAACGACACAGAAAUGUGAAGUCUUUUUCUCUCACAUCAGAUCUGUACAUGCCAGCACAAUUGGGGAAUUUUGCUGUGGAAAAACACAUACAGUUCUUUCAAAAAGACUUUCUUUGCUUCUCAUAAAACAGGUUUCACUUUGGAAAAGUGAAAGAACUGAGAGUUUUCUGUCUCAUUCAGCUGGGAUCUCUGCUGAGUUUGAGCUGUUUUUGGCUCCACACCGGACAAAGCAGAAAUCAAAUGGACCGAAUUGCUUCUCACAGAAUGAGCAAACUGUGGACUACUUUAGAUUUUGUUGAAGUAAAAGUAGAGCAAAGAGCUUCAUCUCUUCAUUCAGAGGCUGAAUCUCUGAGUGCUUCCGCAUAUAAACUCAGAUGUUUGUGGCCUAGUUUAAGCUGUUUGUGUGCCGAGACACAGCCGCUCUGUCUUUGUUGUCGCCAUGCCAACCGCAGAGACGACCAUGAUUCAUGAGUUAGUUUCUCCAGCCAAAAUUCAUAAAAUUGAACAGGGAAAAAGUAUAUAUUGCAUUUUCACUCUCUGAAAAAUCUCAUUUGGUUUGCAAGAUAUUAUUUUAUACACACGAUAAUUUGCAUGAAUAAAUCGCACUCUGUAUGUAAAGGCCUUAAAUGUCCCCUAAACUGUCAUAAAACAGUGUCUCAAACAUCAGGCAGUGUAUUCAUACCUAUUUUGUGUAAUAACAUUCUGUGAGGGAGCUUUUAGAGGUGGACGUCUGGUUCCUAUCACCACCACAAUGAACAAUUGUGUCUCUAGAACAGAGCAUUUUACACCAAACCACUCUGAAUGAAUUUGUUUACAUCUUAACCACUCAAUUAUGCUGAAAUCUCGAAAGGUCAGUGGAAUCCCUCUUUAAUUACAGUGUAAAUUUAGGAUUUGUGCCCAAGAACUGCGGUGAAACUGUCCCUGGGACAGAGUUUAUACAGUAAAUUGUGGCAAUACAGCUGUAGUCCCUUAUUUAUACAGAGUGUUUCCUACCUUAGAAGCAAGUACAUAUUGAUUGAAAGAAACAAGGGGGAAAAAAAUAAUUAUUAUGGAAUAAUUAGUUUUUUCAGUGCUCUAUACCAUAAAUGAGCUACAGCCUUUUUUUUUUUUUAAUGCAACGAAAUUUCCUCUCUACACUGACCCAAAGCACUUAUUUAUGAAUACGCACUUUUGUAUCUUUAAUAUAUCAAUACGUAUGUGUGUAUUAGUGUAUGCAUAUUUUGCUUUUGUAGUUUUAACUUAUCCUUUGGGGUUGUGAUGUUGAGGUUAGAGAGAGAAUGGAUCUUAACUUCAUAGUGUGUGUGUGUGUGUGUGUGUGUGUGUGUGAGAGAGAGAAUAACAGUAAAAGAGUCUUUUCUCUCUCUUCUGGGAUCAGUAAAGGGUAGCAGUGGAGCUUGCACUUCAAUGUGCACACGUGCGUAGCACAAUAUACAUUUCAAACUGAAAACUCUAUUUGCACUGCCUUUAAUGAGUUGCCAAAAAGAGCAAGGGCAUAACAGAACAUUAUAAAAUAUGUGGGUAGAUGCUGAUUUACAGACCUCUCCACUGAGCCAUAUACAUACGGGAAAUUAGCUGGGAGGGGAGUGAAUGUAAGUUCUAAAUUCAUCUGGGAGUUUUGACUGAAAUUGCACUGUAAUGGGAGCCUCAUCUUCCUAAUUUCAGCCUGAUCUCUGUCAGCUGUGUCUAGCAAACCAGACAGUCAUUUCUUUAGUGUUUAGAAUAGAGUUGGGUUUAAUUAUAGUUUCUUCUGUGUAGUUGGGCUGUAAUUAUAGUUUCUAAAUAAUUUAAACAUUCAUUUCUUAACAUUUGUACUUGGUAAUUUCUAUUGGAUUCAUAACAUCAGCAGAUGAUUGUUUUCAAAAAUGAUCAGCAUUAGUCAGAUGAUCAGAUUGCCUGAUACGUUAAUGGGGGGGGGGGGUUAUGGGGGGUGAGCGGUGUAUCGCAAAAACAUUUUUUGUUUGUUUUGUUUUAAAGGUAUUGCAUUUAGAGAUGUCUGAUCCUGGCAUAUUUUAAUGGAUGAGAUAUUAGAUAAAAUAUGCCUGAUCCUGUUGUGAACCAUUUACUUAUGUAGAUGUACUAUAAAUGAAGAUAAGCAAUUAGCAACCGCUUUAAAAGGUAACAGAGUAGGCCAAACGCCUGUCAUAUCUACAGUAGUGGCAUGUAAAGUGUGCCACUGCUCUGGUUGGCUUUCUUUGUGUAGGAAUAUAAUCCAGAACAGUAAACCAAAAGCACUCAGCCGACAAAAGUUACGCUGAGAAGGCUAUGAAAGGAUCAUAUAGUCUCAAAGCAUGUAUUCAUGCUUGUACAACUAGUUGAUUUGGGUAAUUGUUAAUACGUGUGAGUUUGCGCAGCACGUGUUCACCUAAAUUUUCUGCUCUUCUGGAGUUCAAUAAAGAUACGGGCAAUAUGCUUCCUGUGUCUUUGGGCAUUCUAUUAACCUCUUUAACUUUGUGGAACCACCAGUGGUUGCAAAAUGCACUUCGUCUUAUUCUUUACUUCAUAACUUCUAUUUCAAUCAUUUCAAUCAUGUUUCAUAAGCUACAUUCAAAAGUGUCAUAUGAGAGCUGUAACUGCCUUCUUUGGCUAAUGUAAUUUUAAAACUUCAUAAUAAAAGAGACUGAAAGUUGACCCAUUUUCCAUAAAUCUGAGCUAUAAACAGGAUCUCAGAGAGCCUCUUCAGCGAUAUGCAGUGUAAAAAAAAAAUUCAAAAACAAAACAAGUGUCUAAGAUUUCUGGUUUUUAGCAGUAAAUUGUAAGCAUAUGGCAUUAUGUUUGAUCAUAAAACACAUUUUCUGUUAAUUUGAGCUUUUACAACACUUUACAUUUAUUUCAUGCAGUUACUAAAUAAUUUGCCUUCAGAUUUGGGAAUGUAAAUUCAGAUGGAAAAACCAAAAUAUAUCUUGGGAAAUAAGAGGUAAUUAGUGAUGGCAUGAUACCACUUUUUCUUUUCCAAUACCAAUUCUGGAAUCUCAAAUAUUGGCCGACCCAGAAUGGAAUUGAUGCAUGUGGUGGUGGACUGCUUGCCACAGACAGAGAUCAGGUUGAAAAAUGUUGGAGUAUUCCAUUAAGAUGUACAAGAUGUUUACCCUCUAUUGCAGAUGUACAUUUCUGUUCUGUCUGUUUAUUCUUCUUUCUCUGAGUCCUCGUCGUUUAAGCCACUACAGGGUGUUAAAUGCUCAAAGCUGUUUCCAGUCUAGAUUUCUUCACUAGGCAUAGGAUUAAAUGCCUCCUCUGAUGCCUGUCAGACCUGCUCCUGUGUCUUCUGGUUUUUUGAGGAUGCCUUACUGUCAUCUUUUGGAGUUGCUUUGUUUUCCUCUCUCUGCCCUUGCCCAUAUGGGAAUGUAUAUUGUUGCAUAUCAGAAAUGGUUGACCUUAACACCUCGUGCGUUACAAAAAAAACCUGCAAGUGCCAUAUGAUUCUGUUUCUGUCUAGAGCUAGUCUUUCUCUGUCCACUCCCACUCCCUUUAGAUUUGGGUGAAAAAAAUUUUUUUUCGACCCGUAUGUAAAGGCAUGACUGAAUUUUGAACACCCUGGAGUGGUUUAAAGGGGAAUUCCAUCACAUUUUCCAAAGUUUUGGCUUAAAUCAGUGUUUGAUAUAUAAACAGAGACAUUCUGUGUGGUUUGUUGUGAAAUGGUUAAUUGUAGAGACAGUGAUGGUAAUGGGAACCAGGGGUCGCCAUGACUACAUCACAAAUAUAGACAUUUUAUUUAGUAUGUAAACACACCAGUGAACCUACAUGUAUCUUCCAAGUUUUAUAUAGAAUUUUAUGUAGAAUUGAUGAUGGUAAAAUAGUCAAAAAAAUGACAACACACAUUUUUCUAUGCGGACUAUUUUGCCUUAAAAACCUUUCAUGUACCUCUCUACCAUGAACCCUGUCUGUUGGUUCCAAACCCUCUCAAAACUAUCAUACAACAAUGUCUCAGACAUCAGCCAGAAAAUUCAUAACUGCUUCAGAUAACUUUCUGUAAGGCAGCUUGAGGUGGACGUUUUGGAUCACCACCGCUGUAAACAAUUCUUCCUCUAGAAUGUAGGAUUUCACACCAAACCACUUUGAAUUACUUUGUUUGCAUACUAUGCAGAUUUUUUUUAAAAAGUCCCCUUCAAAUGAUCACGAGGAACCCAGUGUUACAGAAAAGUGUCUGGUGAGAUUCAAGGUCAUCAACCAGCUGAAAAUGAUCAAUAAUUCUUGUUCUGGAAUAGCAUGAGAUUGUAUUAAGUAUGCAUAAUUUAGAUUGAAUGGCCAAUUGUGAAAAUAGCAAUAUGGCAGCUGGGCCAGUUUGAUAAGAUAGCAGUGAGUAAAAAUUGCACAAUACUAGUAGCAGGCACCAUUCUGUUAAAAUACAUACGUUAUAGAGCUUUGGAGCACAUCAUGGAGGGAAAGGAACAAUGAGAGUAGUUGUUUUACUCACAGAGUCAGUUUACCAUAUUAAAUGUUUAGUUUAGUGACUUAUGGUGAAAUAGAUGUCCAUUAUUUCAGUAAGGGUGUGAGUCUUCAAGUUUAAGCUAGUAAAUUACUGAAUAAAUUGACCGAACAGAUUUUAUGUCAAGAUCAUAGCGAUUUGGGUAGUAGAAAAAGUUUACAGAUGCUAAAAUAUCCCUUGAAUACUUGAUUUCAAAAAGUUUUAAUUGUCAGGGCUGUCUUUUGUAAGCAACACCAUCGACAUUCUUUUUUGGGAAGCGUCCCACUUACCUCCAUGGACAUUUGUGUCCCACUUUACUUGAAGAAUUAGUUUAAGGCAAUAGGAGUCUUGUUUUCUAUUUUGGAUGAAAUAUCCCUGGAAUAUGCCUUAAACUUUAAAGGUACAGCAUAAAUGGCUCUACUUGACAGUUAUCUAUGAUGGGUUUACAGUGCAGUUCUUUCACUGUAUUAACUGUGGCUGGAAGUUUCUCUGUUUUAAUUUAGUGUCAGUUUUUGUGGUGUUUUAUUGACUCUGAGCUGUACUGUACCAUGAUGAGAGGAAAAAAUGUCCUACGCUACAAGGAUGAUCCAAAUGUGGUGUUUCCUAACUCUAACUACCAAGGACUAAGAUUUUAGGCCAUAUAAUAUAUGCAGCAUUGUACAUAUUAUAUGCUUUUGUUGUGCAUCAGAUAUGGCUCGCAAAACAGUUCCUAAAUGCUUGUAAAGAAGUAUCUAUUAUGGGGGAAAAUGUAAUCCAUAAUAAAGGCAAACUUAAAAGUUACUUGGCAUUUCUAGUUAUGACGUGGCUUAAAAUUUGCCUCUCCGAUUUCAGAUGAUCUGUUUGUGUUUUAGGGGAGAAAAAAAAAAAACAAAAAAAGAAAACCUAACACAGUUUCAAAUUUAAGCCAGAAAGCUAUUACAGUUUUUAGAUGAAAUUGAAGUCUAAAUAUUACAGUUUGCAUUCCUGGCUAUUUAUUGUUGUUAUUAAUAUGAUAAAAACUACAGAGUGAGUGUCCUGAAUGUCUGCUUUAGCUUCGAGUCGCGCAGGGUUAUUACGCAUUAUAAGUCCAAAAUUACAGAGAUAUAUUAAAUAAAUGUAUUUUUCUGUUUGGUCCCAAAAUUUUUCAUCCUUAAAGGGCCUUGCCAGACAGACUAGGAAACCCCCUUCAGAUGAAGAAAAGUUUGGGCAUCCAAAAAACAUUUUGUUGAUGUUUUUAGUAAUAAGAAGUAAACACAACCUCUGCAGCAAACUGUUUUUAAACAAAUAAGACAACUCUGCAAGUGGGGGAUGGUGAGGACCAUUCCAAAAGCUUCAGCCUAAGUUUAUUGAAGUAGUUUUUGGUUGACUCUGAGGCAUGUUUUCAGUCAUUGUCCUGUUGUAGAAGAGAGCCUCAGUUUCAGUUUCAGUUUACAGCAUUUGCUUAUAUUUAGUGGAAUCCAUUUUUUCAUCCCCAAGCUUAACUGUUUGCAAGGUGUUCUUUUCAUCAAAUGCUGCUCCCCUUUUCUCCAAACCUACCUUUGGUAAUUGUGGCCUUUGAUGAGUUCUGUCAGAGUUUUCUAGGUCUUCCAGGUCUUGCUUUGACUUUCAAAGUUCCCCAUAAUGGUCUUCACCUGCUUUGUUGCCCGUGGAUGUCGAGUACAAGAUUUGAAGAGUCAGAAAAUAUGACUAUUUUCCCAAUGACUGUAAUUUCCAAAGUCCAAACUUUGGCAUACCGCUGUUGAAGGUGUGUUGAAAAACUACACUUACUUUGGGGUGGAUUUUUGGGGGACAGUGGAUUUUAGCAUCCAAGUAGUAAAAAUAGCUAGUUGGCUUUAUUCUGCAUUCGCCAGCUAGCAAGGAAAAUUAAGAAAGUAAUAUUCCAAGCACAAAAAAGACAAUAUGCGUGAGCAUGUGGGCCUCUAACACUUUGUGUGACCCACCUAAAGUAGCUCCUCCCAGCUUUAAAACUAUGUCACCAGGAAAGGGUUUCCCAGUCUGGCUUGAGUGUCACUUUUAUUGUUCUUAAAAUUCUGCAGUUAAUAAAUGUUUAACAGGAUAUACAAGGCACAACCCUCAUCCAAAUAUUUCCUUUUUGUAAAUCCAGAUAUGAUAAAUGAGUUUUUUGAGAUGAAAGUAGACCCAUCUGCAUGAAGUGUUGUUUCUUAGCGGGUCAAGGAGCUUUUCAUGGAGAGGUCAUGGAAAUGGUCCUGUUCUUCACUUGAUUAGUUGUAAGCACACAGACAUUUACCUCAGGCAUUUUUAUGAUUAGUAGCAGUUUUUGUUGCUUAAAUGAACCUCAUGCACUUCAUUCAUGCUUAUACUUUGGAUUAAAGCUUACGCAUAGGCAAAUAUAAGGAAUAUUGACAUCUUCACUUGUAUAUAGCUCUUUCAGAGGAAGUUGUAAAGUCUACAUAGGGUGAAGGGACUCCAGGCAACCCCAGUUUUAUUAUUAAAAUUGUUUGGUCUGUUUUUAUCAUGAAAAUCACUGUGGUAGAUGGUAGAAAUAUGGCUGUUUUGAUCAAAUAUGACUCAACAAGCAUGAAUCCAAAGAAUAUAAUUGUCUACAUAUGCAUGCACCCAAGUUGUUACCUCAGUCGCAGAACAUUUAUUUAAUUUUGAGUAAUUAAGGUUUGGGUAAGUUUAGGUAACAUACGUCCUUAAACAGGAGAAGACCUUCGGGGGUCUUCAUUACAUUUACCUGCUGGGUAAAGGAUACCUCAUAGUUUUUAGGUGCAUUACUUGAACAUUUUAGAUGUCAGACAGCCCAAUUCAGUGUAAUGUUGUAUACUUUGAGUUUCUGAAAGCUCACGGUCUUCUUUGCGUGGAAGAUGCAUUCGUAAUGAAAUAUUUGGCAGUCUCUGAAUGGUACAGAAUUUAUUUAGUCUGGUGCUUUCGCUGUUUUGUCUUAUUGUAAAAUCUAGUCUCUCCUGACUUGAAGAUUAAUUGAUUUUAAUAUGAUGUGAUAUUGAAUUAAAUGACAAAGAAUGAAACAUCUGUUUUAGCACUCUAAAUAGCAAAUAUUGCAGUUUGAUUCAUGUUAGAGGUAUUUUUAAUUAAAGUAUAUGAAGGACUGGCCAGAAUCCAAGUAACUGUAGAGGUUCAGAAAAUGUAAAAUUGCAAAAUUGACAAUAUGUAACUAAUGUGGCUGUGAUAUUGAGAAGAAUAAACAUUUUGAUUCUGACUUUAUCUAUUUAAACAGACGUAAAUUAUAGCCAUUUUGGUCUCUGUGGACAGUUCAGUAUUUUAGCGCCAUCACUACAUUACUAAAGAUAAAGAAUAAAUGCUUACAAUAUCAUAAGCAGAAUAUAUCACAAGCACCACGAUUGAAAAGUUUGAAAGUUUUAUUGAGUGUGUUCAACUAAGUCUAAUUUAAAAAUAAAUAAAUAAAAUAACACUGAUCUUUAACCUCAUUAGUGUGUGCUGGUUAAAACCAACCACCCAUUUCUGGUUCCCUUGUCCAAUUGGCAUUGUCAUUUACCCCCAGGCGAAUGCCCAGUGCCUCCCCAAGGCCUGUUCCAUUACUGUAUUAGCAUUAGAACUUGCCCAGAAAUCAUUGAGGUUGUACACAUGUACAAAGGGUAUAUGUUUAUAAGUCAAAGCAGUGAAGUCUUAAAAUUUUGCUGAGCUUUAGUUUGCGAAGUACUCCAUCUGUUACACAUGGCUGCUGAUACAACGUCAUCACUUGACUGCUAGCUGGCUAGUAUGCUAAAGGCUACAUGGCUAACAACAGAAAAAGAAAGUUAUAAAUAUUGUAGGAUCAGAGCUGAAUAACACUGUUUAGAGUUAGAUAUUAGAAAAUAAGAUAUAACCGAUACAGAAGGUAGGGGUGAGCACCGCAUCCAUUCAUUCAGGCCAGAUUAUUUACACCAGUGAACAUUCAUGUAAAGCAAAUGGGUGAAGUAGAGACGUUGCUGAUCCACACUUGAAGUGGAGCCGUGUAGGUCAAGCAAGAUUAGCAGCUUUUUCUGAGAUCUGAGAAAGUCCAGUUGAAGGUAUUCAUCCCCUCCAGGGCUUCUGGUCGUCUUAACACUUUAUAGCUUCUCCAAGAUGUUGGGGCUGAAAAUGUAUAAGUUUUUAAAGAAUCAUAAAUUUGUCAUUUUUUAAAGAGCUGCAAUUGUAAUUAUAGCCUAGAGGUUUUAAGUACAAUUAUAAAAAGAUGGUGCUUUGAGGGUUCUUAAGAAGAUUCUAAAGAAAAUAGUUCUAUAUAUAACUAUGAACACUCAAAGAACCUUCUGCAUGAUUAAAGGGUUCUUUGCAUCAUGAAAGGGUUCUUCAGAUUGUUGCAUGAUGUGCUAUAGAUGAUUAUAUAGAAUUUUUUUAAAUGGUUCUUCUAUUGUUAUGGUGUCAAGCUUGUAACAACAGAAGAACACUUUUAGGGUGCAAAAUAGAACCUUUUUGAAAAUGGUCUAUAGCACAUUCAUGUACAUUUUCCAUCAAUCUGAAGAGCCCUUUCAUGAUGCAAAGGACCCUUUAAUCAUGCAGAAGGUUCUUUGAGUGUUCAUGGUUGUAUACAGAACUGUACUUAAUAACCCUUGAAGCACAAUCUUUUUUGAAAAUGUAGGAUUUGUUUAACCAUUAACACAAAGCUUGUGAUCUGGCUGUAGAUGGGUCAAAGCAAGGGUGUCCAAUCCUGGUCCAGGAGAUCUUCUACCAUGUAGAGUUAACUCCAACUAAAAAAAGAUUCACGUGAUCCAGGGGCAUCGGAAUAACUAGGUAUGUUAGAUCUGAACUCUCCAGGGUUGUAGAUCUCCAGGACUGGCAGUGGACACCUCAGAGUUAGACCAGUCAUAAGCGCAUAAGACAAACAUGACAACACAACCAAAACUAACUGGCUGUCUGGCACAUUACACUUGGCACUUAAGCCUAAAGCCAAAAAAAAAACCUACUAAUAUUCCGAUCUUCUUGGCCCAAAUAAAAUAGCGUGUUACCACUAGCAAGAAACAUCUUAAGUAUUUAUCAUAAGUUAAAUGUUUAAGGUACAUUUGAAACUGUCAAUUUACAUUUGAACUUUGCACCUGAAGUGCUGGAGUUUACAUUUAGAGCCUAAAGCUUAAUUAGCUUAAUUUGAAUUUUCUUUCACUUCCCUAAACAGAUUUUGUGCAGCUCACCUGAGGUAUAAGGCCAAGAUUCGCUUAAGAUGUUUCAUCAGAGACAUUACAAACGAGGAGGUCUCUGGUUAAAAUAUGAAUGGGAAUAUUUGAUAAGGCAUCUGUUUAUGGAGAAAGUCUCACCCUUUAAGAAAAAGAGCCAAUCAGAUUGCUGGUUAUACUGUGAGUGGAGAAGGGUAGAUGAUAAUGAGGCCUGAGCAGAGAAAGCCCCCAACGUGUUGUGGAGAUCUGCACAAACCUGGUAGAAAGAAUAACCAGAAAAAUCUUAGUUUUUUUGUGCAAUAUCGAGCUACAAACUGUUUGAGGUUUUUUCCAGCAAUUUCAAAUAUAUUUUUAAACUUUUUGGAAUAUUGUGGUCUCUCCCCAUUCAAAGAGAGAGAGGUCUUGCAUGGCUGUAAAUAACUGCCAAAAGAUGGCCACUGAGUGAACAGAUUUUCCUGAAAUGACUCAUGCAAGUGACCACUGGACCUUAAUUUAUAGAAAACAAUCACAGUUUAAAUCACAGUCACAGUAGUGGUCCAAAUCUUGCAAUUGCCCUCCCUACAAGAUACAGCCUGAUUAAGCCUGGAGAAAAUGAUAAUCUGGUUCUAAUACUGACUGUGCCACAAAUAAAGUUCUCACAGAAACUUCCCAAUUUCAGUAAAUUGUGUUUUGUAUAAAAUUCCCCUUUGACCAUAAUCUGUUUCAGUCCAGGUUUACAGUCUCUUCCCUGUUGUAGCUUUUGUGUUUUCAUGAGUGAUUUAGUUGCACGUUGUAGUUUUCUAGUUUUCUUCUCUUUGACGAAAGCGAUGCUGAAACUUAGUUGUAGUUUCUCUAACAUUUUACCAGCUUAUUAAUGUAGAGAGAUGCUUGCAAAAUUAAAGAAAUUAUGCUUCCCUACAUGUUUAUCAUCAACUAGGACUUGCUUGUGUUUACAGGUGCAUGCUAUUGAAUGCAUUAGCACUUUCUGGUAAAGAAGGAAAUCAUAGUUGGUUCUUUGGUGUUUUUAGAAGCUUUUUUCUAUAUUUGGUGUAUAGAAAAUACAAUCUCUGUAUUUGGCCUCUCCAAAGCAGUUUUGUGGACAGUUUUUAAAUUCAGGUUUGAUUCCCUGUAACUGUAUAAGGAUGGUUGAAAUGGCAUGGCUGAUUAAAUUAAUCUUUCUUUGUAGAAAAAACUUUAGGGUAGAACAGUCAAAACGUUUACUUAGAGGUCCCUGCGGACUGCAGACAGUGCCUAUUCAGUCAGCCAGGGGAUCUAAGAGAGUUAAGAGACUUUAGAAAGUUUUAGCCGAAACUUAGAGGACCCUUCGAUUGUGUAUAUACUUUAUUUCUUCUAACGAAAGUAGAAUAACCCUCUGGGUUUGUGUUGUGUGCAUAGUUAUUUAAAUAUUUUUACUAAUCCUCCCCCAAACACUCACACAGGAAACUUCAUCAAAAAGUUGGAUGUUUUGUAGUUUAUUGUAGUUGCUGCUGCUAUUAAGGUCUUUUUACGGUGGCUGAUAGUAUUUUCCCAGAGGAAGAGAGGAUGUGUAAUUGUGGGUUCCAGAGCGAUUUCCUGUGCCUUGUAUUUCUAUAACACCGUCACAUAUAAAGCUCCCUUACAGAAAAAAAUCAAAUUCUGAAUACCGUACUUUUUGAGAUGAGGGCCCGACCGAUGUGUAAAUUUUGUGACUGAUACCAAAUUUAAUACGCUGUAAAAAUCUGAUAACUGCUCAUAUCGGGCAAUAUAAUUUUAAAAUGUAUUUAUUUACGGACACCAGGCCUGGGCGAUAACGUCAUGUACUCCAAUAUCACCAACGAUUGAUAUAAGCUGAUGAUGAUGCUUUAAAGGUGUUCAAUAGUAUUUACAUGUAAUGGUCUAUUCCCGUUUCUCCCAUUGUACUAAAAUGACUGCAAUUUGCUAAACGAGUCCUUGAUGAAUGGGAAUAAACGUAGAUCAAUGGCUAAAAAUGAAAAACUUGCUUCUAAUUCUUAAUCACAUUUCUGCAUCACAUUUCCUUAAUUUUGGAAAGCAAAAGAAUGCAUUUCAUUAAAAAUCAAAGAAAGCUGGAGAGCAUAUAUCUCCAGCAGGAGACACUAUUAGCACAGAAGUUACCAUGAACUUGCACCAGAAGGAAUCAUACGAUUGCAUGCAACAACUUUCAAAAACGAGCCAUGAAAGUUUUCAAAAAUGUUCACAAAUAUUUAUAUUGUUCAAUAUUUAAAAUAUAUAGAUUUUCAUUAAAUCAAUGUUGAAAGCUGUAAGCUAAAAUUGGGUAGGUCUAAGCUUCAAUUAAAAUUUCUUUUAACAAUAUUGUAAAUUAUUUUUGGUAUUGCCCAGGCCUAAUCGACACAUUCAGUUCAUAUCUGUCUCACUUCAUGAAUAGCUUUGAAUAAUAUAAAUAUCUUCGCAGCUACACAGAACUUUUAUUUUUGCUUUUUGUUAAUUACAUCUUAUUUUCCAUCAAUUUUCUUAAUAGGUAAAGUUUUAUUUGUGCUUUAUGGCAUUAUUCUUAUGGUAGCUAUCAGAUUUUGAUACAUCCCAAUGAAGUAGCACAACUGUAUUAUUGGAAGAUCAUGAGUUUGGAUCCUGGACCAUCAAAGUUACCAAUUUUUUGUUGCAUUAUUGGCAACAUUUUUAAAACCUUGAAUUUUAAAACCGAAUUGUUGAUAUCGGCUGAUAUUAUUGGCUAACCAAAGUAUCGGUCGGGCUCUAAAUGAGACUAAACAAGGUGACAUUCUGUCGAUGCAGCUUCUUUCCUUUGCAUUAACAAUAUAAGUAGAUGCAAAACUUGGUGUAGGAUUUUAUUAACCCGUGUUACAGAAAAUCGUUUUAUGACCGAAUUUUUUUUUUCGCUGCUGCCAGUCAGUAAUGUGAUUUGACUUCAGUUGACAGAAGUUUGUGUGCAUUCAUUUUUGGAUGACUUUAUGAACUGACAGCAGCCUUUUCUCACAUAAUAGUGGCUAUAGUGUCUGGACCCCUUAUUGCUCAUUUCCAUUUCAUUCUUGUUGUCAUAUAAAGGAAAAAGUCAUCAAUAUUAUGAAUAAUAAGUCAUGUUUUGCUACCUCUGCUAUGUAUUGAUAUCUUGUUCAGCAUUUAGCUAGCUACAAUGUGAAUAAUAUUAGUGCAAAACUAUUUAUCUCCUCUUUCAUUGUAACUUUCAGUCUCUGAAGUGUGCAAGUGGUUGUGUGUGUCAUAUGGAAGUAAUAUAUCAACAACUAGAGGAAUGUUAAGCCACCAAACUACUAAAUAUACUGUAUUCAUUGGAGAGCAAUUAUAUUUUCAUGAAAAAAAAAACAUUAUCUCUAAGCUCAGUGGUCUUCUCAUGAAGGCCAUUUGAGCCGUAUGACAUGAAUGAAUUUUAAAAAUCUCAUUUAUCGGUGACUGUGAGUUUGUGGAAGUUUGUGUGUACCUUCAUUAAAAAGCAACAAACACCAGACAAAUAUUGGAUUGGUGGUAGAUGUCUGUCAGUGAAUCUUAAUCUUAAUCCAGCCUUAAGUAUUUGAAAUGGAAAGAGAACAUGACACAAACACGUACUUUGAGACAUGCCAGUUGUAACACUGCUAAAAGAUUGCACUUGAUUUGAAAACGGGCAUUGCUACUGCAUAUACUUCCUUCUGCUAAUUAAGUGAGAUUUAUGAUUAUUAUUGGGUUUGUUUGUUUUUUUUUUUUUGUUGGUUUUUUUUUGUGCAUUUCUGCAUAACUCAGUGGUUGAAAUGUAAACAAAUCCAGCAUGGUUCAGAGGUUUUUGGUUUGAAAUGGUUGAUUCUAGAGACUCUGAUUGCUUUACAGUGUCGGCGAUAGGAAUCAGGAGUUGCAAAUACAGUAUGAGUUUUAUUUAGAAACAAAAAACUGUCUGAGUUUUCUUGAAAAUGAUAAAAUACUGGAAAAUCUGGGGAAAAAAAAUCUUUUAGGGACUAUUUUGCAUCAGUGUCCUAAAACUUCCCAGAACUAUCAUAAAACAAUGUCUGUCAUCAGGCAGUGCAUUCAUAACCAUUUCAUAUAACUUUCAGUAAGUGAGCUUUUAGAGGUGCACGUCUGGUUCCUAUCACCCCCACUGUGAACAACUCUGACUCAGUAUGUUUGUCUAAAACAGAAUUUCACACCAGUCCACUCUGAAUGACUCUGUUUACAUUUUAACCAUUUAAUUGUGCAGAAAAUCAGUUGCAUUCCCCUUUAAAGUCAUCCAAGUUAUGGGUGAUGUAUCCAUGUACACACUUCAAACUGUUAAUUGAUCCUCUUUCUCUAUAAAUUGAGGAUAUAAAUUAGUCAAUUGCCCAAAUCUAUAUCUCCAGGCUUCGCGGAACAAGAAAGUCCACAAUUCUGGUGCUCAUUGAGACCACAAGGGGGAUCAAGCGGGCUUUUUCUUUGAAGGAGUCAAAUUUUCAAUAAGACUUCUUGUGGAAUUGACCGAUUCAUAACAAAACACACUGAACUGACAGCAGUCUUUUUCUAACAUAAUAGAGUGGCUUGAGUGUCUGGACCCCUUAUAUUGCUCAUUUCCAUUUCAUUCCUGUUGUCAUAUAAAGACAAAUGUCAAUAUUAUGAAUGUCAAGUUUUGUUACCUCUGCUAGGCCACAAGGGGGUAACAAAACUUAAUUAAAUAUCUGGAAUGCCUCAUAUUUGAAAAGCAGUGACCAAAUCUCACUGAUUGAAUAAUUCUGUGACAAGAAAUGACUAUAAAAAUGAUAAUUACAAUUUAUUCCUUAAUAGUAUUUACUUUUUUGGUGUAGCCACAACAUAAUUUGCCAUUGUUCCCAAAUAAUUUAAAUUUCUGUUUACGUUCUGGCAUCUAGUUUACAUUUCAGCCUACAGUGUAUAAGUUGACUGAACAUUAUUAUUAAUGACUCCAAAAUUUUGAAUGGUAGUGUACAUAAUGCACUACUUGUGCAGCUAUUAGGUGUCUGUAUGGAACUGACGUCCCCUCUUAUUAGUGCUUUCUGUAUGCUCGCAACCUCACAGAUUCAACGUGAUGUUGAGAGCUUCAGUAGACGUCCCAGAACCUGUGAGACUUUGAGUCUGGAGAUUGUGAUUGGGCAUUUUGUCAGUUAAGGGCACUUAGCCCCAGUGUUUGGAAAUACCCUGGCCUUGUUUAUUUGUGUAUUAAACAACUCUGCCAAACAAAUAGGCAAACAAAAAUGUUCAGAAUGUGUAAAAGUUGAUUUUGGGGAAAAAUUCUAUUAACUAAGCUGUUUACCCGACAACGUUCAGUUUUAUACAAUGUAUACAGCAGGCAGUGAGUCUUGUUAUGAAGUAUUGUGGCUACAGAAUUGGUUUCAAUAAAGAGCUAUUGCUUAAUA